UCUCAUCGAUUCCUUGAAAGAAGAAAAAGAAAAAAAUCAAAAUCAAAAUCAAAAGUGCUCGUAUUUCGAUCAGACAGAGGCGAGCAACUCAAUCUCUCCUUUCCUCGUUUUGGAUCUUCGAUUGGAGGAAUCGAAUCGAAGAAGAAGCUCGAUCUUACAGAUUGGGGGAAGGGUUUUGGGAAAUUCAGGAGCCCUUUUUUAAAAAAAAAUUAAAAAUCAGAGAGGAGGACAGAAAGGGCGGCAAUGGCAGAAGAGAGUCAAGCAAGUGCUGGCGAAGUCCAUGUAACGAAGGUGAUCGACACCGAUGCAAGCCACGUCCCGGUUGAAGUGGCGGCAGGAGAGACUCUAACAAAUGGAGGGUUGGACCUAAAGGGAAAAGAAGAAAACAAAGAGGAAGAAGAAGAAACUGCUCUGGAUGGAGAAUUCAUAAAAGUGGAGAAGGAAUCAUUGGAUGUGAAGGACACUCCUCAAACUGGUGAAUCGACCACAACGGAAGAUAAUCCAUCUGUCAUAGAGCGCAGUGCAAGCAAUACCAUGGCAAGCAAAGACCUCUUAGAAGCUGAAGAGAAGCUGAAGACACUCGAGCUUGAGGUUGAAAGGCUGGCCAAAGAACUACAGCAGUCCGAGUCUGAGAAGUCCCAACUGAAGCAGGAUGUCGUUCUUGCGAAGGAAAAGUUUGAGGAAAGAAACAAGCAUUAUGAAGAGCUUGAACUCAAUCAGAAGAAGCUGCAGGAACAUAUCAGAGAAGCCGAGGAGAAGUACAAUUCACAGCUUGCUGCACUCCAAGAAGCAUUGGGAGCUCAAGAAGCAAAGCACAAGGAGCUGACGGACGUGAAAGAAGCAUUCAACGGGCUGGCCAUUGAGCUAGAGAGCUCACAAAAGAAGAUGCAAGCGCUGGAGCAACAGCUCCAAUCUUCAGCAGGUGAGGCAAGGAGAUUUGAAGAGUUGAGCAAGCAGAGUGGGUCUCAUGCUGAGGCAGAGUCUCAGAAGGCUACAGAGUUCGAGAAGCUGUUGGAGUUGGCGAGAUCAAGUGCUGCGGAAAUGGACAAUCAGAUGGCUUCCUUAAAGGAAGAGCUUAAGGGUCUGUAUGAGAAGGUCGCUGAGAAUCAGCGCCUAGAGGAAUCACUUAACAGUACUUUGGUGGAGCUUUCUGCAGUUCAAGGUGAGUUGGAGCUUUCGAAAUCGCAGGUGCUGGAUUUCAAGCAGAAGCUGGCAUCUACGGAAGGUGUCAUAAGUGAACUGACGGAAGAACUGAAACUACGUAAAGCUUCAGAAGGGCAGUUGAAGGAAGACAUCCUGGCUUUAGAGAAUCUAUUCACAUCAGCCAAAGAAGAUCUUCAGGCAAAGGUCACCAACUUGGAAGAAAUCGAAUUGAAGCUUCGAGAGGAGGUGAAGAUAAGGGAAACUGUUGAAACUAGCUUGAAAAACCAAGAAUUGCAGUCCUCUGGUUUGCGGGAGGAAUUGGUGAAAGCUACUGGAGAGAGAGAUGCUCUGGAAGCGGCUGUGGUGGAUCUGAAGAGUAAUUUGUUGAAGACGGAGGAGUUAUGCGGUGAUCUUGAAGCCAAAUUGAAGCUGUCGGACGAUAGUUUUUCCAAAGCAGACAUGCUGCUGUCUCAGGCUUUGUCGCAUAACGUUGAGCUGGAAGAGAAGAUAAAGUCACUCGACGAACUCCAUAAAGAAUCUGGAGUGGUAGCUGCUACUGCUUCACAAAGGAGCCUCGAACUUGAGGAUAUUGUUCGGGCUUCCAGUGCAGCUGAAGAGGAAGCAAAAUCACAGCUAAGAGAUAUUGAAAUUCGACUGAUAUCUGUUGGACAGAGGAAUGCGGAGCUGGAGAAACAGCUAAAUCUGGCAGAGCUAAAAAACAGUGAUGCUGAUAGAGAACUAAAAGAGUUCUCCGAGAAAACAACUGAGCUCACGGCUAUAUUGAAAGGGGUUGAAGAAGAAAGCUCACAGUUAAAAACCCAAUUGAAGGAAUACGAAGAUAAGUUAACGCAAUUGGAAUCUGCUCUGAGCAUAUCAACUCUAAAGAACUCCGAGCUUGAAAAGGAGUUGAAGGAUGUUUCAGAGAAAUGUGCUGAACAUGAAGGCCGGGCGAGUACCACUCAUCAGCGCAGCCUAGAACUGGAAGAUUGGAUGAAGAUAUCUCACUCCAAAGCUGAAGAUGCUGGGAAAAAGGUGGGUGAGUUGGAGCUGCUACUGGAAGCUGCAAACUACAGGACACGGGAACUCGAAGAGCAGGUAAGCAUCUCUGAAGCAAAAUGCAGAGAUGAGGAAGCAGAAUCCAAGAAACACUCUGACAAGGUAGCUGAACUCACGGCUGAGUUGGAGGCCUUCCAGGUGAAAUCAUCGAGCCUUGAAAUUGCAUUGCGAGCUGCAAAUGAAAAGGAAAGUCAAUUGCUGGAAAGCUUGAAUGCUAUCACUGAAGAACGGAAAAGAUUUGAAGAUGUAUCGAACAGCUCCAGUGAGAAGCUUUCUGAAGUUAAUAAUCUACUGGAAAUUAUGCAGAAUGAAUUGAAAGUGGCCCAUGAUAAAUUGGAGGCCAUCGAGGAAGAUCUCAAUGCUUCCCGUACUCAGGAGAGCGAGAUACUGGAAAAGCUUAAAUCUGCUGAGGAGCAGUUAGAACAGCGGGGAAAGUUAAUAGAGCAAGCUACUGCAAGAACUUCAGAGCUUGAGCUGUUGCAUGAAUCUCUUUCCAAGGAGUCAGAGCUAAAACUCCGAGAAGCAACAGAAAGCUUCACCCAAAGGGAUUCAGAAGCUAAAAAUUUAUAUGAGAAGUUGAAGACUCUUGAAGAUCAAGUGAUGAUUUAUACAAAGAAGGCAGCGGAAGCAACUGAAAGGGAGGCAUCCCUCAAGGCAGAAUUGAAAGUCGCCCAUGAAAAAUUGGAGGCCAUCAAGGAAGAUCUCAAUGCUUCCCGUACUCAGGAGAGCGAGAUACUGGAAAAGCUUAAAUCUGCUGAGGAGCAGUUAGAACAGCGGGGAAAGUUAAUAGAGCAAGCUACUGCAAGAACUUCAGAGCUUGAGCUGUUGCAUGAAUCUCUUUCCAAGGAGUCGGAGCUAAAACUCCGAGAAGCAACAGAAAGCUUCACCCAAAGGGAUUCAGAAGCUAAAGAUUUAUAUGAGAAGUUGAAGACUCUUGAAGAUCAAGUGAUGAUUUAUACAGAGAAGGCAGCUGAAGCAACUGAAAGGGAGGCAUCCCUCAAGGCAGAACUAGAAGAGAGUUCGACAAAACUAGCAGCUCUGGAGAACACACUCGAGGAACUCAAAAGCAAGGUCUCAGAAGCAGAAACCAAAGCUUGGCAGUCUUUCUCAGAGAAUGAACUGUUAGCUGAGACAAACUCAAAGCUCAAGAAGGAACUGGAAUCCCAUCAGAUCAAGAUAAAUGAGCAUCAGGAACUGCUGAGCUCUCUGCAUGCGGAAAAGAAUGCAGCUGCUGAACAACUGGCGGUUCAUUCGAGAACAAUAACUGAAUUAACAGAUCAACAUUCACGGGGCUUGGAACUCCAGUCUUCAGCUGAAUCCCAUGCCAGGGAAGCUGAACUGCAGCUACUUGAAGCUAUCGAGAGAUUCACCCAGAGAGAUUCUGAAGCCAAAGUCUUGGAUGAGAAGAGGCUUGAGCUUGAAACCCAAUUCAGGAUUCUUGAAGAACAGGCAAAUGAGGCGGCGGCAGCGGCUGAAGGUCGAAAGGUCGAGCUGGAUGAAGCUUUGUUGAAAUUAAAGAAUCUAGAAGGCAUUGUUGAAGAAUUGCAAAGCAAAUCUCGCCGGUUUGAAACAGAGAAUGAAGGUUUAGCUGAGGCAAAUUUGAAGCUUACUCAGGAACUGGCAGCAUAUGAAUCCAAGAUGAAUGAGCUACAAACAGCAUUGAAUGAGAUUCUUGUUGAGAAAGAGGAAACACAUGAACAGCUUCACUCUUCAAAGAAGACAAUUGAAGAUUUGACACAACAGCUUUCUGCUGAAGGACAGAGUCUACAAUCCCAGAUAUCUUCAGUUAUGGAAGAGAAUGAUCUGCUCACUAAAACAUAUCAAGCUGCAAGAGAAGAGCUUCAAGCAGUUAUAGUCCAAAUGGAAGGGCAACUGAAUGAACAGAAGGCAAGGGAAGCCAUUCUCAAUUCUGAUGUGGAAAAUCUCAAGGCAGAGCUUACAGAGAAAUCCCUGCUGCAAACUCAUAUAGCACAACUUGAAGAACAAUUGAUGUUGGCUGAGACCCGUUUGAAAGAAGAGGUGGAAAGUGUUAGGGCAGUGGCAGCCGGAAAAGAAGCAGGACUAACUUCUCAAUUGGAGGAGCAUGCAAGGCAACUCCAAGAAAGAGAUGCUUUAGGCGAGAAAUUGGCACAAUUUGAGAAGGAGCUAAGUCUUGCUCAUGCCACCAUAGCUGAACAGAAAGAAGCGGAUUCAAGAAAAGAGUUAGAACGAGAUGCUGCUUCAAAACAUUCCCUUGAGGAGCUGGAGGAAAAGCAUCAACAAACCGUGCUUUUAGGAAAGCAGGUCGAAGAUCUUGAACAGAAACUGCAGCUAGCUGAGGCCAACUAUAAGGAAAAGGAAAUAGAAGAAGGGAGAAAGCUGGCUCUUGUCAAUGCAGAGUUGGAUGAUUUGAAGAGUAAAUCAAAUCAGACUGCUGAAUUGGAAAAGAAGAUUGUGGAACUCGAGAAUCAGCUGAAGUUGGCAAAUACCAAGUCUGAGGGGCAGGUUAAAGAAGGCAUCCAUGUGGAUACAAAAGAUGGAGUAGAAGUGAAAUCACGAGAUCUUGGGUCAUCCAUCUCAACCCCAUCGAAAAGGAAGAGUAAGAAAAGAGCCGAAGCAACCAGUGUUCAAGCGGUAGAAGCUUCUUCCACCACACCUGCUCAAGCCACGGAAGAACACUCUUUGGCGACAAACAUCAAGAUCAUUUUGGGAGUGGCUUUGGUGUCAGUGAUCAUUGGUGUGAUUCUAGGCAAGCGAUAUUAGUCCAAUGUUAUGGUGCAUUUGCUUCGUUUUUGUGUAACUUCUCUUUUAGUAUUUGUUUAUUUUUAUACAGAUGGGAUUAAGCUUUUCUCUGGUGUGGAAUAGCUAAGGGUCUUUUAUUUGGGUGAGGAAUUUGUUUUUAUUUGUUCCUACCCAGGUGCGUGCAUGCGGUGCAUACACCAUUGCUUAUGUGUCUUUUAUUUGGGUGAGGAAUUUGUUUUUAUUUGUUCCUACCCAGGUGUGUGCAUGCGGUGCAUACACCAUUGCCUGAUGUAUUUGAGUUUGAUUAUUCUCACAAGUUAAUUGAGUAUUUGUGUUGAAAUACUCUA